GUUCCGGUUAAUGGCAAGACGGCGCUGUACAACCGGAAGACGUCAUCAGUCUCACAGCUGUAGAAGAAGAGCGGGUCGUGGUAGAGGAGCGUACAGAAGUUAGACAGAUAACCAGAUGGAGGAUCUUUGCUCCUGACGGAACCCAUCCACUGUAUAAGUCACAGCAGACACCUGUGUCACCAUCCACCUGUCAAUCAAAGUGGCCACGCCCCUAGUCAUGCAGCCUUUAAGGCUGGAUACAUUUUAAACAGGUUACAAGUAACAAAACUAAACAUUUGUGCAACUAACAGUCUGGAUUGGUCUGGUGUCAGUCCCAGAUGCGGGGCGGCCAGCCGCUGGUGGAGGUGGUCCGCCUGGGCCUGGUCUCCUAUCAGGAGGCUCUGCGACUGCAGCAGGUCUAUGUGAACCGGCACCGGUCCGGCCCUGCUCACGCUCUGCUGCUGUGUGAGCACCCGCCGGUCUACACCACCGGGAUCCGCCACAAACCCUACCCCGAGCCCCUGCUGGACCAACUGCGCCUGCUGGGGGCCGAUGUGGCCCGGGCAAACCGGGGAGGACUCAUCACCUUCCACGGGCCGGGACAACUGGUCUGCUACCCAGUCUUGAACCUGUGCAGCUUCAAGAAGAGCGUGCGGUGGUACGUCGAUCAGCUGGAGCAGACCGUCAUCGCACUCUGCAGCAGGUUCGCCAUCCGAGCUACGACGUCCCCUCACACGGGAGUUUGGGUCGGAGACAAUAAGAUCUGCGCCAUCGGAAUACACUGUGGCCGCUACAUCACGUCUCACGGUCUGGCGCUGAACUGCUGCACCGACCUGUCGUGGUUCGACCACAUCGUUCCGUGUGGGAUUGAAGGGAAAGGCGUGACGUCGCUGAGCGCCGAGCUGCGGAGACACGCUAGCGUGGAGGAGGUCGUCCCUCACCUGCUGCACGCCUUCACGCAGCAGUUCAACUGUCAGUUGACUGAGGCAGCGCAGGACGGCGGCGAGUCACCGACGCCUGUGACAUCAGCAGGAACCUCAGCACUCACUAACCUGAAGGAUAACUGAGCACACACUUUCUGAUAUGCACGUGCUGAGCAGUUUUGGUAUCAUCAUCAUCAUCAGUGCCUGACCUGUAACUGACGGAGAGCGUGUGGGCGGAGCUUCUCAGAGCUCUUUUCUGGUCUUGGUGUUGAUAUUUUCAAUAUUAGGCUCACAGGGUGACAGUGCCCUCACUUUACACUGCAAUAAAAAACUGAGUGAAAGGACAGAAAAGUUUUCAUUUAUUAAAUUUUCCUUCCAGUGACUGGCAGAGCCCCUCCCCGCUGAAACAAAGCUUUGAGCUGGACCAGGUGUGCUGCUCUGGAUCAAAGCUCGCUUUGACUUCUUUGAUCUAACAGCUGUUUUUAUAAUGCUGGAUGAAGGAGGUCUGUUCACAUUCAUCUGUGUUUAUUUAAUGGCUUCACAGCUCAUUUGCAUAUUCACACUUGAAUACACAAAAAAGGUGUCAGAGUGUCUGUGAUGUGUUAAAGUGUGGUCUCCAGCAGGGGCGGAGCGGGGGGGUGGCUUACUGGGCUUAAGCCCGGGGUCUUUUGGAGUGUAAUUUUUUCAUAGUUAGAUGCCCGGCUGACAACUGUAUAAAACAAA